CUUAAAACUGUUUAUUAUGUUAGGCAAGAGGACCCUCCAUGGAGUUCCUGCAAAAUUCCUUCUUCUUCUACGUCUUCACCGCGUUAGCCGUGGUUCUAGCAAUUUUCGCGGUUCGAAGUCUUACCAGUAAGUUGGCACUGAACCAAGGGAAGAAGAAGAGGAAGUAUCAUCCUAUCGGCGGCACAGUUUUCAACCAGCUUGUUAACUUCAACAGGCUGCAUCAUUAUAUGACUGAUCUUGCUUCGAAGCACCGGACUUACAGGCUUCUUGGUCCUUUCAGGAAUGAGGUUUACACCGCAGAUCCAGUAAAUGUCGAACAUAUUCUUAAAACUAACUUUCAGAACUAUGGCAAGGGCUGGUAUAAUUACAACAUCCUAACAGAUUUGCUUGGGGAUGGAAUUUUCGCUGUUGACGCUGACAAGUGGCAACAGCAGAGAAAAUUAGCCAGCUAUGAUUUCUCAACCAGGGUCUUGAGACAUUUUAGCAGUGUCAUCUUCCAGAAGAAAGCAGCAAAACUGGCUAAUCUGAUAUCUGAGGCGGCAAAUUCCGGCCAGAUAUUUGAUAUGCAAGACCUGUUUAUGAAAUCGACCUUGGAUUCGAUAUGUAAAGUUGUAUUUGGAAUUGAACUUGACAGUAUCUGCGGAACAAAUGAAGAAGGAAUCCGUUUUAGCAAUGCUUUUGAUGAUUCAAAUGCACUAACCCUUUGGCGCUAUGCUGAUAUCUUUUGGAAGGUGAAGAAGUUUCUGAAUAUUGGAUCAGAAGCUGAGCUAAAGAAAAAUCUCAAAGUGGUCGAUGCAUUUGUUUAUAAGCUGAUCCAUAACAAGAAGGAAAGGAUGCACAAUGCAGAGGAUGAUUCUUCUGUUCAGAUGAAAAAAGAUGAUAUUUUAUCGAGGUUUCUGCAAGUGAAUGACGCUGAUCCAAAGUACAUAAGAGAUACAAUGCUGAACUUUAUCAUAGCUGGUAAAGAUACAACAGCAACCACACUUGCCUGGUUCAUGUACAUGCUUUGCAAGCAUCCUGAGAUACAAGAAAAGGUUAGCCAAGACGUGAAGGAAGCCAUGAAGAGAAGAGAAGUUACUAACUUGACAGAGCUUGCAGCUGAAAUGAGGGAAGAAACUCUUGAAAAUAUGCAUUAUCUCCAUGCAGCAAUAACUGAGACUCUUAGACUCUAUCCUGCUGUUCCAGUGGAUGCAAAGUUCUGCUUAUCAGACGAUACCUUCCCAGAUGGAUUUGAUGUGAGGAAAGGAGACAUGGUUGCUUACCAACCAUAUGCAAUGGGCAGGAUGAAAUUCAUAUGGGGUGAUGAUGCAGAGGAAUUCCGUCCAGAAAGAUGGCUUAAUGAAGAGGGUAAAUUCCAGCAAGAAAGCCCUUUCAAAUUUACUGCCUUCCAGGCAGGUCCACGAAUUUGUCUAGGACGAGAGUUCGCUUACCGGCAGAUGAAGAUCUUCUCAGCUGUGCUGUUAGGUUGUUUUCGGUUCAGAUUGAGCAAUGAGAAUAAAACUGUCACGUACAGGACCAUGAUUAAUCUUCAUAUUGAUGGAGGCCUCCAUGUUCGAGCCUUCCACAGAUGUUGAAGAUGCAGUUAAAUUUGUACGUUGUGUUUAAUAGUAUAAAAUAAAAUAUCAAAAGCUGGUGAAGAAGCAGGAAAUCUCUUAUAUCUACAAGUACUUUCCUCUCCUUCAGGCAACCUUUUUAAGGAUGGAUACAGCUUUAGAGCUUCUCGUGAUAAAGGAGCAGUAGUAUAAUUACGAAAAAAUGAGUUGGAUAAAGCUCCUUGAGCUGGGUCUAUUAUUAUUAUUGUUAAUUUAUUACUUUAUAUUCAAGGGUAGACUCGUACUACUUAUGGUGGAUGUGACUUUUUUUCUAUAUUUUGGAAGCUAAGCUAAUGAUUCUCCAAUUAUUUUAUAGUAA